AAGGUUCAAUUAAAAACAAUCGCCAGCUAAUAGACACAGGCGGGAAAUUUUCGCUUCGCGCGCAAGAGGGAAAAAAAAAAUCCCUCUUCAGAAACCCUACGCUGCCCAAAUAUCUCUCCUCCACUCCAACCAAAGCACCACCAUCUUCACAAAAUCCCUUGUGCUCUCUGUUUCAAACCAAGCCUCCUCCACUCCUCCAACCAGCACCACCCUCGCCCGUGCCUUCCUUUGCCCGCGCCACCCUCGCCCGGCCCUUCCUUCGCCCACGCCACCCUCGCCCGGCCCUUCCUUCGCCCGCGCCACCCUCGCCCAGGCCACCCUCGCCAGCGCCUUCCUUCGGCCGCGCCACCCUCGCCCGCGCCUUUCUUCGCCCGCGCCUUCCUUCGCCCGCAUCCUCUCAUGUUAAACUCCCUCUCCGCCUUCGUCGCCACUGGAAUAUUUCCCUCCUCGAUGUCGGCCAACGCUACUUCCAUUGUGGCGUGCUAGGAUCAAUUCCUUCACCCCUUUGUAGGUAAGUUUUGGGAGAUUGAUAAUCCUUUUUGUGUAGGAAUUUCAUGUCCUUUGUGUUUGUGAACUUAACCAUUUGUUUUCCUUUCUAACAGAGUUUGAUUUUUUAUUCUAGUUUUUGUUUUUGUUGUGUUUUGUGUGUUCAUCAAAAUUCACCGAUUUUCUCUUGAAAAUUGCUGAAAUCUCUCUACGAAAUUUAUGAAGUAUUCUCUUAGACAUUUGCUGGAGUCUCUCAAUGAAACUUGCUAUUUUUUUUGGAAUGUUUUUUGGGUCAUAAAUCCAUCACCCAAGAAAUUGUUGCAUGAGCUUUUAGUUUGGUAUUUUUUCAAAAGUUUCGGAGAUACUGUCGUUCAAUUCGGAAAUUUGGAAAGUUGAAUUCCAAUAUAUUUUCCUUUGAGAGAUGAAAAGCAAAAAAACGUGUGGUUUGCUGGCCCAAUAUUUAUCCUUAAUUUAAACAGGAUUUAAAUUUUAUAUAUGUCUAUUUGUUUUGAGACCGUUUCUAAGAGUAAAGCAAUGUUUAUCAAGUUCUACCCAGGCUCAAACUUUUGACCUGUAUCUUUGGCUUGAUGAUUUUAAAUUGGAAAGUAUUGCAAAUAAAGUCGGCCUACAUAGGAAUUAAGAAGCUACCCUGUUGUAUUUUUAUUGUUGAACACUAUCACUUUUUGACCCUUUUUUGAUGAGAAUACAGUAAGUGAAGUUUCCUGUUUAAAUUAUGAGUGAUUGGUAUUUAAUACUGUUUUACCCUUGAGCUUUGAAGAGACCUCCACGACUUUUGUGCCUCAGUUGGACGCCUUGGUGCCAUUCUGCAAAGAGAGUUCAUCCCAGAGAGGACUCUUGAGCUCUAGGUCAGUGUGGAGGCAUCUGUAGCAGAGGCGGCGCGGCUUCUAUAUCUCUUGGCUUCGCCGACCGCUAUACAAAAAAUCAGUCUUCAUUUGAUUUCUGGACUUGGUCUCCUUUAUAAAUUUGGCAAUGAUGGACAAAGUAUGAAUUAUGAAGCACAAGUUAUAAAUCAUAAUAGAGCAUCGACAGCGGCACGAAAAGAUGUGGGAUUUCAACCUCAAAAGCCAUUUCUUAGACCACAAUCCAAAAAGUUAGAACCUAUUCCACCCUCUAGUGAAGAUCCAUAUGUAUCUCAAUGUCCUCCUUCGGCUAGAAUUGAUCAGCCAGCAUCUCCAAAUGCUGCUAAUCCAGACGUUAAUAGUACAGGAAAGGUUGGAAGGUUGGAAGGGUUGCCCUGCCUUCCUUACUUGAAGCCAGAUCUCAUGGGUUUUGGGUUUUGGUUCUGUGUUUCAGAUUCAAUGCUUCAUUUUGGGGCCGAUAUGUCUACAUCUUGGUAAGCUUAUUGUUUACAUCCUGGUAAACUUAUUUUCUUGUUGUUGCCUUCUGGAAUGCAUAGAUCCAGGAUAUGCUUGGUUUGAUUUUGUUUUGUUCAUAUUUGAUUUGCCUUCUGGAAUGCAUAGAUCCACAUUUAUUUUUAUUUAGCAUCUAAUUUUCUGAUUCUGAAACUUUGACUCAUCAAAAGUUUGAGAAAGAAAAAACAAACUAGUAUCUACUAAACACUUAAUAUGUUAGGAAUUAGGCCAUACCUUGCAGUGGAAGUUAGUUUGCGCGAACUGCGGAAUACUUGCUUAGUAGGCCAAUUUGGUUCAUGAAAUGCUCUACAAAAAAUCGUGACAGGAGCAAAUUCCGCCCUCAAAAUGGUGAAACCGAUUAGCAUCUCUGAAGAUAAUCUGUCUAUGAGUAAUAUCGCUAAUCAACUUGCUAUGUUAUAUGGGCCUAUCCCGGCUUCUGUCACAACAAGGCAUAUAAAGGGUCAAUAGAGAGCUAAUAAUGGUCCCUCUGAAAAUGAACUCUCCUUUUAUAUGUGGAGAUUUGUAGGUUUUAUAAUCUUGGAAUGUGAUCCUGGGGUCCAGUUCAAUUCCUUGUUGGAACAACUUGUAAGGUUCUGUGGCCUUUUCUUUGGCUUUGUUACACACCCAAUAUUUCAAAUCAAAAGAUCUAAAUCCCAUUCUAGCAUUAUCUCUGCCUUUUUUCUGGCCAAGAUAUCAAUUACCAUCCAUCAAUAACCAUCAAAUUUGUACUAUUUAAACCAUGAUAUUACCAAAUCUUAGGAAAGUUAUCAAUUUUUAAUUAGGCCCAG